GUCGUCUGUCGCCUGAGUUUCCGCCACGAGCAGCCAUGUGGCGCAUCCGGCGCCUUGGCUCCCACGCGAUUUUUGUCUUAUCGCUCGGCAUGUAAGUCGCGGCUUGUGAUAUAAGGACUGGCAGCGCCACUGGGCUUCCAAGCUCCAGUGGGUUGAAACGAAAGGAUAUCCUACUUCCAUCACAAAUAAGGCAAUACAGCUGAUCGCAUUCAAUUGAGCAUACUGCAAGAAUUUCUGAUUACAGUCGAUCAUCCCGUACGUGCGUAAACUACGACUUCUCAUGGCUGUUGAAGUAUCCCACGGCCGCGGCGGGGCGGGCAAUAUUGACACCGACGAUACGAAAUACGUUGACGGCGAGGUCGUGCGAUCUGGAGUCGAGGGCAGCCAUGGCGACGGCGCUUUCAGCUCCGGUCGAGGAGGCGCCGGCAACAUCUCCGACGUUGGAACUGCCGCAACUCUUCGCAAGGACGCAGAUGCCAUCCCGGAAGAGGCCUUUCGACCAAGCCAGGAUACUCAGGGAUUCCACACCGGCCGCGGUGGGGUGGGUAAUGAGCACCACGUCAAAGACGAACAUGCGGAAGCGAAGCCUCGCCCAGUUGCGCCCGUAGGCCUAGCGGACAAGCUGAAGACAAAGUUGUUUGGUGUGUUCAAACACUGAGCUCCUCGUGACAAGAUAGAAAAUUUGUUGAGGGUUUUGGAGGGCUGCUGUUUAUUGGCCGAGUAAUGGGGUGUAAUGGUUGGAGAGCGUAUGCUACCUAUGAUAUCCUGCUUUGAGUUCCGACCUGCCUGGUUUAAUAGCUGUCUGUACCAGAGGUGUAUCGUCCUCGCAAGGCUGAUGCCACUGGCGGGUGACAUGCGAAGCAAUAAGCGUAAUAAAGUUUUUAUGUCAGCUCGUGUCAAGUUUCUUAUCACAAUAGCGUGUAAAAUCCU